UGCCCGCCGACGCGCCGCAGCCCGCCGAGCGCGUCAUCACUGCCGACAGGGUGGCGGCCCUGCGCAGGGUCAUGGCGCGCCACGGCCUGGACGCCUACAUCGUGCCCUACAGCGACGAGCACCAGAACGAGUGGGUGAGCGAGCACAACCAACGGCUGCGCUGGCUGACGGGCUUCUCGGGCGCGGGCGGCAGCGUGGCCGUGGUCACCAGGAGCACGCCGUCGAACGUGCGCGAGGAGGCCGUGCUGUGGACGGACGCGCGCUUCACGGACCUCGCGGACGAGCAGCUGGACUGCAGCUGGCAGCUGCGGCAGCUGCGCUCGCCCAUGCAGGUAGCUGAUUGGCUGUUGGACCGGCUGAGCGUCGGCGACAAGGUGGGGGCGGACUCCAGGGUGGUGCUGCACCAGUUGUGGGACAAGUGGCAACACCGACUGGCCUCCGAGCGGUCCAUCGAGCUGGUGGAGCAGGACGACGUGGUGGACGACGCGUGGCGCGGCAGGCCGCCCCGGCCGAGGCUCAACGCGUUCGUGCACAAGAUGGGACAGCGCGGCCUGAGCUGGGGCAACCGCGUGCUGGAGGUGCGCAAGGCGCUGCAGCAGCGCCGCGUGGACUCGCUCAUCCUCACGGCCCUGGACGAGGUGGCCUGGCUGCUCAACAUCCGCGGGCGCGACCUGCCGCACGCGCCACUGCUCACGGCCUACGUGUGGCUCGGCAUGCACGACAUCGUGCUCUACGUGGACAGGGACAAGGUGCCCCCCAUCGUCGAGUCGCACCUCAAGUCCACCUACUGCACGCCCAACCGGCUGUGCACCAUAAUCCGUCCGUACGAGGCCUUCUGGACCGACCUGGAGAGGCCGAGCAACCGCACCACUGUCUGGAUCUCCAACCACCCGCGGCUGGGUGCGUCCAAGGCCGUGCAGGUCACGGCGCACCGGUGGCAUGACCUGCACUACGAGUGGUCCCCAGUGAUCCCGCUCAAGAGCGUCAAGAACGCCGUGGAGGUGGAGGCCAUGCGGUCAGCGCACGCGCUGGACGGCGCCGCCAUGUGCGAGCUGCUCAGCUUCCUGGAGGACCAGAUCGUCACGGACGCCAUGUGGACCGAGACGCGUGUGGCCGCCAGGGUGGACUACUUCCGCCGUCCGGAGCUGUCCUUCCAGAGCACGGCCUUCCCCACGCACGUGGGCUUCGGGCCGCACGGCGCGCUGCCGCACUACGUGCCCAGGAACAGCAGCGACCGCUUCAUCGGCAGGGACUCCACCGUGGUCAUCGACUCGGGCGGCCAGUACGACAACGGCACCACGGACGUGACGCGCACACUGCACUACGGCUCGCCGUCGCGCGCGCACGUGGAGGCGUACACGCGCGUGCUGCAGGGCCUCAUCGACAUGUCGCGGACCGCCGUCCCCGCCGCCAUGGGCGCGCACGGCCUGGAUUCGCUGGCGCGCCACGCAGUGUGGGAGGGCGGCGAGAACUACGCGCACCCCUCGGGCCACGGCAUCGGGGCCUUCCUCAACGUGCACGAGGAGCCCAGCAUUUUCUACGGCGAGAACGCCCAGCGACUUCAAGUCGGCAACUUCUUCACUGUAGAGCCGGGCUACUACAAGAAGGGUGACUUCGGCGUCAGACUGGAGAACGUCCUCGAGGUGGUCCUCAAGCCUCCUUCUGAGGACGACCCCGACGGGCCCACCUUCUAUGAAUUCCGCACCGCCACCCUGGUGCCGUUCGACGUCAAGCUCAUCGACGUGGAGAUGCUCAGCCCCCAACAGCGACACUGGCUCAACGAGUACAACGCGCGCGUCCGCCAAGAGGUGGGCGAGGUGCUCAUGAGCAAGCCGCAGAUGACGGCCUUCUACUGGAUGAUGAACCACACGCGGUACGUGCCCGAGCACUGCUGCCCCCGCGUGUCCUCGGCCGCCGCGCUCCGCCCCGCCGGUCCCGCCGCCGCGGCCAUGGUGGCCCUGCUCGUCCUGGGGGCGCUGGCGAGGUGAGGUGACACAGCUGAGCGGCUCACUGGACAAGGUUCAUCGACCGGAGCCCCGCGCUUGCCCGCACACAGUUAAUUUGUGCUUCUCCACGCACUUCUCUGCCGUCUUCUCGUUCACAUUCCCGAGCUCUCUCAGCCCGAGCGGCAUUUUGCGUUGGGUGUAAGAGUGAGAAGUAACUUUUGUACGCCUCACCUGACAUGUUUGCCAGAGGAGGCAAUCGAGGGGGGAAUCCUUGAGUACACUCGUGUGUACACAUUGGCCUGCACUCAGUGUACUCACAGUUCAAAGUGCACACCUGUCCCACUUUGCUCGCAUUAAUAGUGAAUAAUAAAUGUAAAUGCAUACUACGCGUAUUGGUGCUCCUGGGAAAUGGUUCACUCACUGAAAAAAAAAACUUUUGAGGUAACCAACUUGUUCAAUAGGCUGAAUUCGAAAGCUGCAAUCGAACCGAAAACUUGUUCAAGGACAACGCAGCUGGGAUUUGUUGCCAUGAGCCCGGCCGAAGCAACCUGCUUAAGUAUCGGAGUUUCGAUUAGAGCUAUUAAAUUUAGCUUGUCCAACGAGUUGAUCACUUCAACAAAGCAUUUUUUUUGUGCUUUUCACUUGUUUUUUUUAAAAGAAUUUUACAGCUUUUUGACGGGAAAACCGUUUGUAGUCCUUUUGAAGACCUUUUGGGUUGCUUCCUCUCGUUACUGCCAUGAAGUAUCAAAAAUUAUAGGUGUAUCAAUAAUUUGAGUUAUGACUGUUCGAUAAACGCAAAGGGAUUAUUUUUGUGAUAGAUAAUGAAUAGGUGUAAUUAUAAAUGUACUUUUGUAAACUGCAUAACAAAGCCUAGAAAUACAUUCGUACACACUGCCA